AUGUUUAACGUGUCGUCAUUGCAAGAUAUGCGCUCGAGUCAACGCUUCGCCCCGUCCGCUUAUGCAAGCGAACUGACCAUCGAGAUUCCCCCUGGUACGGCAGGUUCAAUCAUUGGCAUCCGUGGCUGCAACAUUCGUCGCAUACGGGAAUCCUGUCGCGGCCUUCGAAGUUGUAAGAUCCUCUCUACUGACCACGCCCACCUUGUUGGAUCGAAAGCCGCCAUCGAGCAAGCUGUGGGGAUGAUUGAAGAGCUUGCCAACGCUACAUUGAAAUUCAAAGCGCACUCUCGGCCCAACGCCGACGGCUCUUGCGGGGUGACAUUUAGUGUGCUCGUGUUCGCGCCAUCGGAAUACGACAUCCUCUUGGCUCGACCAUCGCCCAUGGCGAGACGCCACCUCGAACGUAUUGGCAGCAAAGCUCAGUACCCGUCGUAUACGUAUAGCACUGUGAACCAAGAGUCGUGGCCUCCCCCGAAGGACAAUGCGGAUGCAUUGGCGGAGCUAAGCGUGUUUGGGUCCAAGAAGCAGUGCGUAACCAGUGCGUCGCUCAAGCCGCUGGGUGGGUACUUGAAGACUGUGCACGACAAGUACACGGGGAACAAUAAACUGGAGAACCAGUACGUGGUGGUGUCCGUUGGAAAGACGUACUUCCAACCGUGGCAGGACAUUGGUGAGGACUCAUCGAUGUCACUGGAUGAGUUUAUGGCCCAAACCCCGAAGAUGCGCCAACAGUUUAGCACCGGAGGCAUCUCGGCCACCCACGUCGAAGCGGCGGAGCUAUGGUGCAGCUACAAUGGGUACAAACAACUCGAGCUGGUUCAGACAAUGACAUUGCACAUUCAAAACAAUGAGUCGCCGGCUCGGAGCAUCUCAUCCCGGACUCAAGUGACGUUGACGUUACCACCUGGUGUACCCGACUGGGAAGCCAUGACUGCGGACGACAUCGCUAGUCUCGAACUCCACUUCAACACGGCCCCUCAACGGUUGGGCUUUGUGUCGAUGCAUACGGCGGACGAGUCGACUUUGGAGAUGCGAUUGGCGUUCAAAGCCUGUAUCGCUGGCGAGCUGAUUGUGCCCGAUGAUUUGCUGGAGCAAGUGGUGGCAGCUUGGAGCUUUCGCAAGCCCGGGGUGUGUCUUGAGCUUGACCCCAGUUGCAACAUGAAGGUAGACGCUGUGCGCUUCCAAGCAACGCGCGUGUGGGCCAACGCCCACUACACCAUCGCUAUUGAUGAAGUGAUGCAGAGUUGGUGGGGAAAAUCGGACGAUGCCACGUUCUGGACCAUCCAAAUGGCGAGUCCAGCGAUGGAGGAGGUUGGCUGGAUGGACAUGACGCGAGAUGAGUUUGCCAGUGAAGUGUUGGAACUGGCAGACCAAGGGCAGAGCCUACUCGCUGCGCUCAACAAUGUCGAAGUGUUUGCGGGGCGACGGAUUUUACUCCCGCGCCUACCCCUGCAUCCACACCAGGUCCAACACCACCUCGUACACCUGCACCUAUACCUGCCUCAACUCCUGUCCGUACACCACAACCUACCCCUGCGCCUACUCCUGCACCCACCCCGGUACCAACGCCUGCACCGACGCCUGAACCAACUCCGGCGCCCACUCCAGCACCCACACCAGCCUACCCCUGCACCGACGCCUGAACCAACUCCUGCACCCACACCUGAGCCAACUCCUGCGCCUACUCCAGCACCCACACCUCAACCUACGCCUGCACCGACGCCUGAACCUACCCCUGCACCCACACCUGCGCCAACUCCUGCGCCUACUCCAGCACCCACACCUCAACCUACGCCUGCACCGACGCCUGCACCUACUCCUGUACCCACACCACAACCUACCCCUGCGCCUACUCCUGCACCUACUCCUGCACGGACACCUCACCGUACUUCUGCACCUAUACCUGCCCGUACUCCAUCACGUACACCAGCACCCACAUCUGCACGAUCAUCUGCACCUACACCAGUCCGAACGCCAGCGCCAACGCCUCCACGAACCCCUGCAUCUACAGCAGCACAUACCCCAUCCCCAACUACUUCUACAUCUGCCUCUACACCAGCCCUAACUCCUGCACCCACACCUGCUCCCACGCCUGCUCUAACUCCUGCACAAUCCCCAGCACGAACGCCUCAGCAUACGUCAUCGAGUACUCCUGCUCCAACACCAAUACAAACUCCUGUGCCUACAACCACGAGCACGACUUCAUGCAACGGCAUUGAAGACAACAUAGACUACUUCGGGAACGAUCUUGCAUCCACGUCCCAGUCGUCUGCCGAAUUCUGUUGCUCAGACUGCAAGGUGACAUCUGGCUGUAAAGUGUUUGUCUGGACGGACUACAACGGAGGAACCUGUUGGUUGAAAUACGAAAUUGGGGCCAAGACGUACCUAGCCGGCGCUAAGGCUUCGAUUGUGGUACCUUCUGCACCUACUCCUGCACCCACUCCGUCGAUCACACCAGUGUGCAACGGAAUCGUAGACAACGUGGACUACUUCGGGAACGAUAUUGCAUCCACGUCCCAGUCAUCUGCCGAAUUCUGUUGCUCAGACUGCAAGGCGACAGCUGGCUGUAAAGUAUUUGUCUGGACGGACUACAACGGAGGCACCUGUUGGUUGAAAUACGAAAUCGAGGUCAAGACUUACCUGGAUGGCGCCAAGGCUGCGAUUGUUGAUUCGUCUUGUGCAAGUCAAGAACUGAACGUGGAUUACUUUGGGAAUGACAUUGUCAGUACCCAGCAGUCGUCUGCUGAUCGUUGUUGUGAUGAUUCCACCGCUACGUCUGGUUGCCACGCGUACUCGUGGACGGAUUAUAACGGCGGCACCUGUUGGCUCAAAUCCUCCAAGGGCUCGGCGAUUCCCCGAGAUGGGGCUGUGUCAGGCGAUCUAAGCCCCGUCACCGCAUACCUGGUAGUCACGGCGUCGGGAGCGCACAAGGUCGGUCUACAGUAUGAGGCCGUACCUGAGUUGGCCUCUUCCACUACCACUCAGUACAUACUGUACCGUACUCCAUUGUUUCGCAUUUCAAGUCGAUGUUCGUCGCCCGAGGCCUGGAAAACCCAGGGAUUCCACGAAAACACCAUGGCAAUGACUGUGUUUUUCUCGCCGUCACUCUCGCGAAAUUGUGCGGACUUGUUAUCCGGAUUGUUCCACGCCGCUAUUUUGCCACCGCUGUUGCAGCCGAAGGUGGACAUGUACAACCAAGGGCAGGCCGGUUAUGACCAGCAGCAGUAUGGCUACGCCAACCAGAACUUCGCUGGAGAUCCCCACGGCGCACCGUAUAGUGCGCCGCACUCUGGAGGACAUGGUAGCUACCCAGGUGGUCACGGGUUUGUGCAACCAUCGUACGGACAGCAAUCACAGCAACAGCAGCACCCUGGCGGUCCUUGGUAUGCAGGGGACGCGUCGUCUGUACCAACCAAUGCUCCACUCGCGGGAUCGAUGGGCAGUUUGGGCGAUCAAUCAGCGACGUAUGGCGACGAUUUUGAAAACGAACCCCCGCUCAUGGAAGAGCUUGGCAUCAACUUUGGGCACAUUUGGGCGAAGACCCAGGCAGUGUUGAUUCCCACCAAGUCUGUCUCCGAGCACAUUCUAGACGACGUCGACUUGGCCGGGCCGUUGGUGUUUGCAUUUGGGUUUGGCAUGCUCUUGUUGAUGAGCGCCAAGAUUCACUUCGGCUACAUCUACGGCUUUGGUAUCGUCGGGUGUCUAUCCAUGUGGACGCUCAUGAACUUGAUCUCGCCGUCGAAAACCAUCGACGUGUACCGCGUUUGCUCGGUUCUCGGGUAUUCCUGGCUUCCGAUAAUCCUCCUCGCUGCCGUCAAUAUCGUGGCCCCCAUCAAGUAUGCAAAUCCCCAGUGCAAUGUCGUGUUAUCCAAUGUCAUAUUUGGCCGAUACAUAUAUAUCUUUGUGUAGGGACUUGAAAUCGAUCGGGUUUGUCUUGGCAUUCCUGUGUGUAGCGUGGAGCACACAAGCGGCCACUCGCUUCUUCGACAAGUACCUCCACAUGCAAGAGCAGCGCUGGUUGAUCGCGUACCCCACAGCCAUGGUGUACACAUGCUUUGUGCUCAUCACAGUGUUUUAACUUCCAAUAAUGCAUAUCUUGGUGCACUUUGCACUUCACGGCGGAGAAUGUAUGUCGUAUGUUGGACCUUGC